ACGUGCGUGGAGCAAGACUGGUCAGACAAACUACCUAUUAUUCGAAAGUCUCUACUGUUAUUAUUGUCAACAAAUAGCUAUUGUUUUUCAUCUCUUUGUGAUCAUUUUACACAAUCCCAACGUUGGCGAAGGAUAUUCACGGUGGUCAACUUGUUUUGGGGAAAGUUAUAUGCGAGUUUGUGUAGGUAAAAGUCGCACGCCACUGGCUGCCGGUCGGUUCCUAUGCGAUAGGGACAUGUUGUUAUCCAUUGUUUUGGACUUGUAGCGCUUGUUGUCUUCGUUCCCACACUAGAAUAGUGUCUCUCUCUCUCUCUGCGAUGGCCGAGGCGAGGAGAGUGGAGGACGAACAGCAGGAGAGUUUGAGAGGGGAACCGAGGGAACCUGUCGGAAGAAGACAGCCUCCACGACCGACCAACUCAUCUGGAGAGCGCUCAGAAAGGCAGAAAGACCACAGACUCAGCCAAGGACCUCUCUCCUCUAUCAAGGCCGCCAUUAAGAGGACGACGACUAGAUCCACUUCUGUGAGCGAGAGUACUCCCAGAGACCGGAGGCGUCCAGAGAUUACCAUCCUUUCAGCAGAGCCACUGGUGUCUAAUACCUGGUUCCCCGGGGCUUCUGGGGGAUUCCCUCUUCCUCCUCCUCCUGCCGCUCAGAUCUGGGGCAGUACUAUACCUCCUACUAUACAGGUAACUAACCCUCCUCUUCCUCCUCCUCCUCCCACCACUGAUCUGGGGCAGUACUAUACCUCCUACUAUACAGGUAACUAACCCUCCUCUUCCUCCUCCUCCCACCACUGAUCUGGGGCAGUACUAUACCUCCUACUAUACAGGUAACUAACCCUCCUCUUCCUCCUCCUCCUCCUCUUCCUCCCACCACUGAUCUGGGGCAGUACUAUACCUCCUACUAUACAGGUAACUAACACUCCUCUUCCUCCUCCUCCUCCCACCACUGAUCUGGGGCAGUACUAUACCUCCUACUAUACAGGUAACUAACCCUCCUCCUCCUCCUCCUCUUCCUCCCACCACUGAUCUGGGGCAGUACUAUACCUCCUACUAUACAGGUAACUAACCCUCCUCUUCUUCCUCCUUCUCCCACCACUGAUCUGGGGCAGUAAUAUACCUCCUACUAUACAGGUAACUAACCCUCCUCUUCUUCCUCCUCCUCCUCUUCCUCCCACCACUGAUCUGGGGCAGUACUAUACCUCCUACUAUACAGGUAACUAACCCUCCUCUUCCUCCUCCUCUUCCUCCCACCACUAUGAUCUGGGGCAGUACUAUACCUCCUACUAUACAGGUAACUAACUCUCCUCUUCCUCCUCCUCUUCCUCCCACCACUAUGAUCUGGGGCAGUACUAUACCUCCUACUAUACAGGUAACUAACCCUCCUCUUCCUCCUCCUCUUCCUCCCACCACUGAUCUGGGGCAGUACUAUACAGGUAACUAACCCUCCUCCUCCUCUUCCUCCUCCUCCUCCCACCACUAUGAUCUGGGGCAGUACUAUACAGGUAACUAACCAUGAAUGUUGGUUUUCCGUCAAUUUGGGGUCGAGGGGGAAUUUCUUAUAUUAUUAUGUGAGUACCGACAGGAACUAUUAUAAUCACAUCACAUUGUGAUGUCAUGAUGUGGGACAAAAGUAUCUUUAUCGGGGGGGGUGUUGGCCAAAAGGGAGCAAAACCAUGGUAUAUCACAGUGUUUUAUGAUAAUCACGAUAGACAAAGGUUGACAUCGCCCCAACCCUAGUAAAAACCUGUAAUGGUUCCCUAUGUUUAUCCCUGACACACUUUGGGGUCGAUCAGAUGACUUGCAGUAAUGUUGUGUUCUUUCGGAUGUGAGUCAUGAAUAGUUUUGUUUUGCUCC